CACUCUUGUCGCAGGCUUCACUUUAACCACGAUAACUGACUGAAGUUUAUUUUGAGCUAGAACUUUUUUUCCGGGGGGGUUUAAUUCGUAUUUUCUACAAUUACAGAAACCUUUCUGUUUGUCACGAAGUCGUGCAUUGUUCCGAAUAAUAUUUCAGUACGCCUUGCCCGUUGUCAUGGCAACCUAGGCACGAGGAGGAUUUCUUUUCCCCCAGUUAUUUUUAAGUAACUUUUUUUCCCCCCGUGUUGUUUCUCAUGCGCUGUUAAAACAAACAGCUGAAUAUAACAACAACAACAGCGGUGUCUACUAAGAUUGUUAACUUUAAUAAUAAUAAAGAAAAAAUAUAUAAAACGUUUUCUGGGUUCGAUUCAGGAUCAUUAGUUUAUUUUGUUGAGUCGCUUCCUGAUAAGCUUCCUCAUUAGCGCGAGAGCUAACAUCACUGUGGUCAUGCAACGCUGCGCUCGGAAAGCCAGCACCUGCCUUUGCUUCGUUUCUGCUUGAACCGUGGUAGGAGCUUCGAGCAUGCUUUCUCUUACAGAAGGUAUCAUUGCGAAGGAGGAGUGGGCCGUGACUAAUAUUAGUUACUGCAUGAGAUGAGUUAUAUGACCUUCCUGGAGGUCUUAGCUUCCUUCAUAUUUCCACAAUGUCAAGAAUAGCGUGGUAUCAAGAAAAGAUUGGAGCUUACGACCAGCAGAUAUGGGAGAAAUCUCUGGAACAGGCUGAAUUGAAGGGCAUUAGAAAUAAGCCGAAGAAAACCGGCCACAUCAAGCCAGACCUUAUAGACGUUGACCUGGUGCGAGGCUCCACGUUUAGCAAGGCCAAGCCGGAAAGCCCAUGGACUGCUCUGACCCGUAAAGGCAUGGUCAGGGUUCUCUUCUACCCAUUCUUCUUCAAGUGGUGGAUCCAGGUCACGUCCAAAUUCAUCGCCACCUCGAUUCUGGUUCUGUAUUUUUUGCAAGUGGCAGCUGCUGUGCUGUUUAUCGAGGUACCUGCAGCCACAGCCAGUGAGAUACUGGGUCCAAUGUGCCUGAUGAUGCUAUUAGGAACAGUGCACUGCCAAAUAGUGUCUACUGAGUCAUCCCGGACCCACGAGAGCAGCCUAGCGUCCAGCCUGGCCACUAUACACACUACCACCCAGAAAACAAGCCCUUCUAGAAAGAAAAGACAGAGGAAGUUCAAAAAAGUGAAAAGAGCAGACCAGGCCGAUAAGGGAGGAUCCGAGCUCAAGGAGAGCAAACAGUUCUAUAUAUCACAGAAAAAACGGAAUUCCCUGAGGAAGCAUGCUGAUGGGCUCUCUGAAGAGCUUUCCAGUGACGAAGAGGAAGCUGAGGUAGCAGGGCACCCGAGAGACAGACUCGUACCAAAUCACCAGACCAAACCUGCUCCUGGACUCAGGAAGCGACUUCAGAAUGCCACGGAGUCUGCAGCCGCCACAAAGCAUCAGCAGCAAUAUGCUGAAGGUGCGACAACGGUUGCCACAGCAACACCUCCAGAAGUGAAUCCUGCGCAACCCUCUGAGGAUUCUCGGCCUGUCUCCGAUUCAGAUGACGUGUUGUGGGAGGAGUUUCUGCAGGGUUCUGACUCCGCCUCAUCAGCGAGCAGCCAGAGUGGGGAUGAGGGGCUUCACAGUCUCGACCACACCUUGCCUCCAACCAUUGUCCUCAGCAGUGAUGAGGACAAGGCUUUCUCACAGCACCAGUUUUCAUGGCUUCAGGCCUGCCACCCUUCUAAAGACCGUGUGAGUGCCAUUAUCUGGGAGCAGGGUGAGUGCAAGAAGGCUGAUAUGUCUGUCCUGGAGAUCAGCAGCAUCAUCCUCACACAGGUAAAGUUGGUGGAACAGGGAAUGGGCUACCUCGUCUUUGGAGGGCUGGUUACGGCCACUUUAGCCGUGCUUCCUUUCUGCUUCCGAUUGGCUCAGCAGCUCGACGCGACCCGUCUGAACUUAAUCACCCUCAAUGACUUGAUCUUCACGGCUGCUGGGAAAACGAGCGCCUACUCCCUCACGUUCUUCCUUAUCACCACUGUGGAGAGAGUUUUCCUCACCAGUCUCUUCUUCUUCAUGAUGUGUGUCGCUGAAAGAACUUACAAACAGCGGCUGCUCUUCGCUAAAUUCUUCAGUCACAUCACUUCGGCACGCAAAGCCAAAAAAUCUGCCAUCCCUCACUUUAGACUGAAAAAAGUCCAGAACAUCAAGAUGUGGCUUUCGCUUCGGUCUUUCCUCAAGAGGCGGGGGCCUCAGCGCUCCGUGGAUGUCAUUGUUUCUUCCAUCUUCCUCCUGGCGCUUUCCAUCGCGUUCACUAUCUGUGCACAGGUGCUGAACAACCAUCACACGUUUCUGGAGUGGGAGAGUAACUGGGAGCUGCUGGUUUGGGGUGCCGCGCUCCUCAUCUUCUUGCUGCGGCUGGCCACGCUCGGGGCUGAGACUAACUACAAGUACAGCAACACCUCUGUGUUGCUUACUGAACAGAUCAACUUGUAUCUGAAGAUGGAAAAGAAACCAGAGAAGAAGGAUGACCUCAGCAUUGUCAACAAUGUGCUGAAACUGGCCACAAAGUUGCUGAAAGAGCUGGACACACCGUUUCGUUUGUUAGGGCUGACGGUGAAUCCUCUCAUCUAUAACAUUACCAGAGUGGUCAUCCUGUCUGCUGUCUCGGCUGUGAUCAGUGACCUGCUGGGCUUCAAUAUCAGACUCUGGAAGAUCAAACCAUGAUGUGACUCUGGGAGCCUGCAGUGUGAUAGUGCCCUGUGCUGCUCGAGGACCAAGCACUCUUACAUUCUUACACGUGUGUGCAAAUCUACUGGCUAAAUCCACACAUUCCUGUGAAUCCUCAUGUCUUGAAUCAGCUUAACACUGGCUGCUUUCACUUAUCAUUUUGACUUCCCCUGGCCCAGGUGCCUGCACUUUAAAAUAUUUCGAAAUGUUUUCCUCCUUAGUAAUAUAACAACAUCAUUCUGGGCCUGGACAAUGACAGACACAACAGGGAAAUUUAUGCAUUCCCUGACAAUGCUUGGUAUUGAAUGCUAAUUGAAUUUCAUUCAGUUGAUUUACUACAGCUUUGUUUUUUGUUAAGUUUUUAUUGACUUGGAAUUUCUAGUGGCUGUGUAGAUAUAUACAUUGAUUUUGUUUUAUAUUUGUUCAAAUAAUUUCUAGAUGUGAUGGGCAAUUCUUAAUGCACCUGUGUAUUAGUACAAGUAUGUCUACAUACUGGCUUGAUCUGAAAAGUAAAUACUCUGAAAGUGUCACUAUACCGCAGGCAUAGCCUCACCUUCACACAAAACCACUAAGUGCUUUACGACUGUAUUAUGAAGAAUGUCUUACAUAGAGGGAGCUGUUUAUGGGAUAUAAGCAGUCGAAUUACUAGAAUGACCCUUGAAAACAUUUGAAGGGAUACUGAAAUAAUUAUCUCCCUGUCAGUGCACUCGAUUUAAUUCAUAUUAAAUAAGUAUCACUGAGACCUGAUUGUAUAUAAUACUGUACAGUAUUUUCCUCUUUGUUUUGUGCCUGUUCUCUUUAUCUAGAACAGCUUCACUACUACUCUUCUUACUGUGAAUCAUUUUUAUAUACACUAGAUGCCAAAAACUUUGGAAGCAAUGCUAACUUUGGAACAUUUAGUUUUAAGUAAUCUUUUUUUUAUUAACCUUCAACAUCAAUGCAGCAGCAGCAUUGGACAACAAUCAGAUUCUCUCUUCAUUUAACAUCUGAAAUGCAGAGGUUUAUUGAUGCCACCUGAUUCUCACAACCAGAUCCUCCUGGAGACCUAUUAAUGAAAGAGCUAACGAGGAGCUUGUACUGUCAGAAAUAAUAAUAAUAAAAAAAAAA